AUGGCAACCAAACCUGACGCCGCUCUAGCCCUGAAUACACCCGUUUCCCUCAAACCCCGCGGCAUAGGCCAAAUCUCAUUAGGGGAGAUAGCCCUACCUGAAUCAAUCAUUAUCUACUUGAUUCAGGAUGCUAGCACUUUACAAAUCAUGGGAGAGCUGUGGAGACUGGGUGUGGCAGCGAAACUGUCAGCCCUCUACCGGGCAGCAAGUCGGCUGGAAGCUCUUGCUGCAGUAUGCACCUCGAAUUUUGCUGCUAGAAUGCUGCUGAAAUCGACUAAUGGCCCAAUUUCUGAUCGAGAUGCCACAGCUUUAUGGAUACAAACGAUGCCUGAGCUGCCGCAGUCAUCCGAAUAUUGGACUGUCGCACUAUCGUUCCUCCUAUCGAAGGAGGAUCGCAUGGCGAUGCGAGACGCACUUCGCUUUACCGCAGGCCUACAAGCUUUCAAGCAAUCAGUCCAAAGAGCUAGAACAUGGACUGGGAAAGAGCCUUUUCAUGGAGCUGGUAGACAAAUGGUUCGCAAUCAUGUCAGGGGGCCUUGA